AUGAAGCGCUUUUUCAAUUCGCUUUACGAAGGUACAGGCAUCAUCACGGACGCGGGGCAACGCAGCAUCGCAAGCCGCGUGUCCGCUUUGGCAGUGGAGGGGGUGCUGGCUUUCACAGUGCUAGGCACUCUCGGCGUCGAUACAGCACCCCUCAUCGCCGCUGCAGGAGUCACCGGCGCGACGAUUGGGUUUGCGUGCAAGGACUUUGGAGCGAACUUUGUCGCCAGCAUCGCCCUUUCUGGCCAGCGAGCGCUCCGCACGGGCAACAAGGUGUCCAUCGGUGUUGGUCCCACCAUGGUCUCUGGCACUGUUGUAGACUGGGACACACGCUACAUCUACCUCCAAAAUGAGAAGAAGGCUGUUCUGUGCGUGCCGAACAACGUGAUACUGAACUCCGUCGUCACGUGGGAACCCCCGAACUCGAGCGCUCCACUCGCAGCGGAGAGUGCCGCCCCGGCGAAGGACAACAAGGAGUGGAGUGCGGCCGCCGGUGCAGCUGGGCCGCCAAAGAAGUAG